AUGAUGAGGAGCCUAAUUUAUGGACAGCAUGUUUUGAUAGAUCUAGUCGGUAUGCGGGUGUGGAGCUCCCGAGUGCUUCCCCACUCAAGAAGGAUAGGUUGCGGCAAGUGUGCCGAUAUGGGAAGUUCCGGCUACUGGUCGAACCUCGAUAGUCGACGGGCUCAAGUGCGAUAA